AAAUGAAACCAGAAGAUAACCAGAAUAUGACAGAUUUUUUCAUCCAAGGCUUGACUGAUAUCCCACAAUUCCAAUUCCCAAUUUUCUUCAUUUUUCUGCUGAGCUAUGUCAUCAUUUUCAUAGGAAACAUAACCAUUUUUCUUGUUAUUCUGCAUGAUUCCCACCUGCACACUCCCAUGUACAUUUUUUUGAUGAACAUUUCUAUAACCGACAUCGGUAACACCUCGAAUGUCUUACCAAAAAUGUUAAAUAUUUUCCUUACUCAGCAUAAGACCAUUUCCUUCGAGGGAUGUAUAACGCAGUUGUUUUUGUUUAUAUGUCUGACACUUACUGAGGUUCUAAUUCUUGCAGCCAUGGCUUAUGACCGAUAUGUGGCAAUUUGUCACCCCCUCCAUUACUUUAUCUUGAUGAGUUUAAGAUACACCUUUAUACUCAUAGUUGCAUCUUGGACCAUUAGCUUCCUGGACACUACGGGACACGCUGUCCUUGUGUCUAAACUGUCCUUCUGCGAAUCCCAUCUGAUUGAUCAUGUAUUUUGUGAUCUUACGACAUUAUUGAAGAUCUCCUGCAGCGACACCUUUAAAGUGGAAAUGUUAACCUACAUUGAAGGGGCAAUAUUUACCGUUCCUGCUUUCCUGCUCACUUUCAUCUCAUAUAUAUUUAUUGUUUCUUCAAUUCUGAAAAUAAAGUCCUCCGAAGGUCGGCAAAAGACAUUUUCCACGUGCGCUUCUCAUCUCACCUGCGUCGCUGUGUUUUAUGGAACUUUAAUUUGUUUGUACAUGAGACCCACAUCAAGCUAUUCUCCUAAACAGGACAAAUUUUUUGCUCUUUUAUAUAUUGUCUUGAUCCCAAUGCUUAAUCCUGUUAUAUACACACUAAAAAACCAGGACGUUAAAGAGGCUCUGAAGAAAUUAACGAGCAAGGUGGCAAAUUAA